AUGUCUGAAGCUGAAGUCGAAUAUAAUUUCGCUGUCUCCAAUUAUAGUUAUGCUUGUACUAUAGAGGAGAAAUUACAUAAUGCAUUAGCUAUUUUGAAUAUAAUUCAAGGGCUUGGUAUUUCGGUAGAUGAGACGAGAGAAUCUAUUAAUACACAACUUAAAGUGCAAGCAAAUCUUAAAAAAAAUUAUAAAGAAAUAAUUAAUAAGUAUGAAAUUGAAAGACUAGUUAAUAAAAAAUUUAGAAGUAUAAAUAGAACAUUAACAUUAAAGAAAUGUAAAUUAGCACAAACAAAUUUGGAACAAGAGACUGAAUCUUUAGUAAAUAAUGAGAUUCAGGAGGUUAAUGGAGUUAAUUCAAGAAGCAAUAGUAGUAGUAGCCCAGAAUUAUAG